GACUUUCCUCUCGGUCAAGAGACAGGACUGGCCGACACGAAGCAUCACAACACUCCUGCUCAAAGUUGCGUGAGGAAAGGAUGAGCUUCUAACUUUUUAAAGAUUUUUCUGCAGUCCUAUUUUACCCCCGUUUUUACUUUGAAAACAACUUUUGGACUUUUUUUUUAAUUUUUUUUUUUUUUUUUUUUACCGGAUGCUGAGAUGCGCACAAAGUGACAGCGGUCCAGCUCUCCCUCUGUCAUCAACGAGCUAUAAAAAACGCCAUGAAAGACGACUUUGCAGACGAGGAGGAAGUACAGUCUUUUGGAUACAAGAGGUUCGGGAUCCAGGAGGGCACCGAGUGCACUAAGUGUAAGAAUGAUUGGGCACUGAAGACCUCCAUAGCUUUGCUCUACGUGCUGUGCACCAUCCUCACCAUCGCUGUGGCCGUGCUUGGAUAUAAAGUGGUACAAAGAGUCGACAUCGUGUCUGAAGGCAUUGCCAACUAUGGGGGGAAAAUUAUUGCAGUGGAGACUGACCUUCUAAAGCUAGAUGAUAAAACUGGAGAAAAGUCAGAGAACACAACCACAGCGAUCCAGGCUUUUAAGAACAAGGUCAGGACUCUUCAGAUGCAGGUGUCAAUGAUGGAGGAGCACAUCCACAGCAACCAGGCCAAGCUAAGCCAACUCCAAAACGUCGGCUCAGACAUUGAGAGGCUCCAGGGUUCUAUUCAGGGUCUGCUGGACAGCAACACGGCCACGGUGCGCUUCGUCAACGUCACCCUGCAUUUUUACGGCGGCAUUGUUGAGGGUCUGCAAGAUGACACAAUCAGGCUGCAGACAGAUCUUCAAGAGCAGGUAAAACUCCAGAACCAAAUCUUGCUUAGCAUUGGUGGACUGAACCUCACACAGGCCCAGCAGCGGGGCCUCAUCAGCGCUCUGCACCGGGUAGUGGAUGACACCAGUCAGAGCAUCCAGAAAAUCCGCAAUGACUUCCAAAGCCUCGAGCAGACCACCCGUCAGACGCGCUCUGAUAGCGAGUGGCUAAGGAGUAAGAUAGACAACCUCCAGGUUCUAGCCACAAAUGCCUCGAUGCUGUCCAAGGCCAACAACGACAGCCUGGAGGAGGUUGGAUCCCAGCUCACAAUCAUGUCCAACCAGGUACAGAACACCAGCAGCAUAGCUGACACCCAUGGCAAGGCCCUGAGGCAGAUCCUGGACCAGCAAAAGGAAUACAGCAACUUUACGGCCUCUAAGUUUGAGCGGCUAGAGGUCCGGCUAGAUGAGUCAGAGCAGAGCAUUGACCGUGUGACAGGCAACAUCAGCUUCACCACUCAGCUCCUGGGCGCCAUCAACCUCAACUUGAACGACCUGCGCUCUAGUUCCGAGACAGUGGGUCGUAACUCAGAGUUCUUGCUGAACCUCAACAACAGCGUGGCUGACAUAAGAACCGAUACGGCCGGCCUGAGAUCAAAGCAGGAGGACCUGGCAACACGUUUGGACAAGGAGGUCACCAACCUCUCCAUCAUUAUGGAGGAGAUGAAGCUGGUGGAUACCAAGCACUCCCAGUUGAUAACAAACUUCACUAUCCUACAAGGUCCUCCUGGUCCCAGAGGACCAAGGGGGGACAAAGGGCCUCCAGGGCCGUUUGGCCAAUCCGGCCAUAAGGGCGAGAAAGGGGAAAAGGGUGCAUCAGGAAUACGGGGACCAAGAGGAGAGCAGGGUAUUCCAGGCCCACCGGGUCUUCCAGGGUUUAAGGGUCUUCCAGGCGCCACAGGCAACCCAGGGUCUAAGGGUCCUAGAGGAUCCGGAGGAAGGGCGGGGCCUCCAGGAGGUAAGGGAGAGCCGGGAACUGCCGGUCUAAAUGGCAGAGACGGACAGCCUGGUCCUCAAGGGGCACCGGGCAUCCGAGGUGAAAUGGGACCAGCUGGAGAGCAGGGCCCAAGGGGACUGCAGGGACCAGUGGGGCCUCCAGGGCCAGCUGGGCCACCAGGAAUUCCAAUGCGCGGAUCAGCUCUCCCUGUGGGCGCAGUGUCUCUGCAGGAUGGAGCCAUCUCUCCAACACGUGGUGCCCCAGGUAACACCUCCCCCAAGACCACCUCCUUGAAUACAAACAAGGACAGUGAUAUGUUUACUUGUUCUGCAGGUUGUCCUUCUGAGUGGCUUCCCUACAGAGACACAUGCUACUUCUUCUCCAAAGACCUGCACAGUUUUGAUGACGCAAAAAUCACUUGUGAAUCCCUGUCUGCUUCCUUGUUGAUCAUCACUGAUACGGAGGAACAGAAAUGGCUGACGAAGCAGAUGACGGGCAAAGGCUACUUCUGGAUGGCUUUGACCGACAGAGAGGAGGAGAACGUGUGGCGCUGGCUGGACGGUAGUGAGCCUGAAUUCACGAAGUGGAAGCCCGGCCAGCCUGACAACUGGGGUCACGGCCAUGAAACCGGCGAGGACUGCGCGGGUCUCGUCCACCAGGGCUUGUGGAACGACUUCUCUUGUGAAGACCUCAUAGGCUACAUUUGUGAGAAACAACCGGAGACAACAGGAAUCCUGGGUGACUCCUAGCGGUGACUUGCAAGGCGGCGGGGCUUCCAAUGAGCAGCUAGACUGGGCCCACGAGGUCCUGGUCCACAUGGAGACAAUAAAAAGGGACACAUUUGGACAUACGGAGACGUUCUCCUCCUAAGUGUCCAAUGAGUGCAAUACAGCAGACAGCCAAAGAAGGACAAUCUAUAUUUUUUUGUUUAUCUAUAUUUUGAUGAUACACGUUACUGAAUGUAUAUUUUACUAUCCUUUUCAUGAAUGUCAAUUAUUAGCGAUGAAAUAUGUGAUGUGCAGGAAGAAAAGACAGUAGAAAUGUGCCACUCUCAGGUUAAUACAACAAAUAUGUAUCACAAAUCUA